AUGAUCACCAGGAAACGGGGACGCAUCGGCGAAAAUGGGAGAAAUGGAGCAAGGAGUCCCGCGACCGCAGCGUUCCGGGAGCCCGCAGAGACGACUGACAGCCAGCAGGCAUCUGUCUGUCAGCAGUUUUCGUCAGAAAGCGAAGACGCAUCCGGCUUGGACCUGGAGGAUUUCCUGGGCUUGGACGGCCUGAACUGGACCCUGGACGAUGACGCGCUGUCGCCGCUUCUCGACAUAACAAGGGCCACCAGCGCGAAUGCCGACGGAGACGACGAGGCGGAAAUCGGAGCUUCGCCUUCGCGGAUAGAGGAGUUCUGCGCCCCCCUGAAGAUCAGAGGUCCUGCUCAGAAAAUCCAGAAGCUAGAUGAGAGCUUCCCCGGGCGGAUCAACAAGAACGCAAUUGCUGCGAGAAUGAACCGCCUUAAGAAGAAAGAAUACGUGAGCGGGUUGGAGAAGAAAGUUGGCGCUUUGGUAACUGAAAACUGUAGCCUUAGGCAGGAAAACUCAAAAUUGAACAAAAGAGUGGAGGAACUGGAAGACGAGACAAGGUAUCUGAGGGCCGUGCUGGCCAACGAAAGCAUGUUAGCCCAGCUGUUAUCCAGACUGAGCGGUGUGAAUGGCAUGAAAUUGUCUACCUCGCUUUUCCAGGAGUCCAACAAGAAUGACCACGACUAUGCCCUACCUAGAAAGAGGGUAAAGGUGGACGAGAAGGAGACUGCGGGUGGCAUCUGCCUGCACGUCGAUACGAACCACGUCUCAGUGGAAUUCUGCAGUAAAUGCGCGGAGAGCGCAAGCUCAUCACUUAAAAUGUAG